ACGUGUCAUACAAUUAUAGCUAACUUCAUUAGGCAAAUUUGGUCAUCAAGGCGGCCAUUGUACCUAUAAAAGGACCCUCUCUCAUUAACCCCAAAUCAUUCAUUCAUAGAAAGAAUAUUUUUAUCAUCUAUUCAGAGUUGUUCAAGAAAAUCUCUCAAGAUGCAGAUCUUUGUGAAAACCCUUACCGGAAAGACCAUCACCCUCGAGGUGGAAAGCUCCGACACCAUUGACAACGUGAAGGCCAAGAUCCAGGACAAGGAAGGCAUCCCCCCAGACCAGCAAAGAUUGAUCUUUGCCGGAAAGCAGCUUGAUGACGGCCGUACCCUAGCCGAUUACAAUAUCCAGAAGGAGUCGACCCUUCACUUGGUGCUCCGUCUGCGUGGUGGGAUGCAGAUCUUCGUGAAGACUUUGACCGGAAAGACAAUUACGCUCGAGGUUGAAAGCUCUGACACUAUUGACAACGUCAAGGCCAAGAUCCAGGACAAGGAAGGCAUCCCCGACCAGCAAAGGUUGAUCUUUGCAGGAAAGCAGCUCGAGGACGGCCGUACCCUUGCUGAUUACAACAUCCAGAAGGAGUCAACCCUUCACUUGGUGCUCCGUCUUCGUGGUGGGAUGCAGAUCUUUGUGAAGACCCUCACCGGGAAGACGAUCACCCUCGAGGUGGAAAGUUCAGACACUAUCGACAACGUCAAGGCCAAGAUCCAGGACAAGGAAGGAAUCCCCCCAGAUCAGCAAAGAUUGAUCUUUGCUGGAAAGCAGCUCGAGGACGGCCGCACCCUUGCUGAUUACAACAUCCAGAAGGAGUCGACCCUUCACUUGGUCCUUCGUCUUCGCGGUGGGAUGCAAAUCUUCGUGAAGACUUUGACUGGCAAGACCAUUACCCUUGAGGUGGAAAGCUCUGACACCAUCGACAACGUGAAGGCCAAGAUUCAGGACAAAGAGGGUAUCCCCCCGGACCAGCAAAGGUUGAUCUUUGCUGGUAAGCAGUUGGAGGAUGGACGUACACUGGCCGAUUACAAUAUUCAAAAGGAAUCGACCCUUCAUCUUGUGUUGAGGCUCAGGGGAGGUAUGCAAAUUUUUGUGAAGACCUUGACUGGGAAGACCAUCACUUUGGAGGUGGAGAGUUCUGAUACUAUUGACAAUGUGAAGACUAAGAUUCAGGACAAGGAGGGGAUUCCCCCAGACCAGCAGAGGCUGAUCUUUGCAGGGAAGCAGCUCGAAGAUGGAAGGACUCUGGCGGACUACAACAUCCAAAAGGAGUCUACUUUGCACCUUGUCCUCCGUCUCCGUGGUGGUUUCUGAAGGGGUCUGCUGUUGUUGGUGUCUGGGUCGUUUGCUGCUGUUGCUUUUUUUCGUUCAUGAACUAGUCUGUUUUCUUUUUCUUUUUUAUCUUGUAAUGUGUCUGAAGAGAGUCGAGAAUGACUCGUGAACUCUCCUGUUUCUGUUUUAAUGAAUAAUUAUGCCAAAGAUUUGAGGUUUAAAA